AUGUACCAGAUCGGAUGUACUGGAGCCGAGGACAAACGACCGAUUCAACGAUUCAACAUCAUCUUUGUCGAUAGAAGAGUGGGCAUGAAUGAUUCGCAUGAUUCACAGUUGGCGACAGCAAAAGCCGCAGAAAGAACUAGGGGUCAGAACUCCACGUUGGGAUACGUCGUCCAAGCUGUUUUGGGAUUGCGGGUAGGGUGGAGGAAGAAGCUCUCCGGCUCUCUCUCAUGCAUGUUGGAGGGUUUCAGAUUGACCGAAAUUCCUGGGCCUAGCACCAAUCCUGAUCUGGUAAGCUCCAACGUUGAGCGUAGGGCAUCCGCGAUGCAGGGCCGAACCUGCCGUGCCGCACGGGCCAUGUAA